UGAGAGAGAGAAACUUUGAUUUCAAAUAUUUCUUUAUGGUAUCAGAGCCUUGUCGGUGAGGAAUCAGAGAGUUUCUUUCAAUUUUAUUUCUAUUCUCUUAUUCCCAUUCUAUAAUGGCCCCAUCUCAAAAUAGUAGCUACCCAUAUCCUUCUACUCUCAAUGUGUCAAACUUUGUUUCCCUAUGACUCAGUCCCACCAACUAUCUAUUAUGGAGGACUCAAAUGGCUGCCUUAAUUGAAAGUCAAGACAUGCAAGGAUUCCUAGAUGGAGAGUGUGUCAUGCUGGUAGCUAAAAUCACCCCAACUAACAGCACUGAUGCUGAGGGGCCCAAAGAGGUACCAAACCUAGUUUAUAUCUCAUGGAGGCGGUCUGAUCACCUUCUACGUGGAUGGAUCACUGGAACUCUUUCUGAAGAAGUGCUUGGAAUCGUUGUAGGACUCACAACAUCUCGUGAGGUUUGGGAUGCUUUACAAGAAGCUUAUGCCAAAGACUCUCAAGAGAGAGAGUUCAAUUUGACACAAGCAAUGACCACAUUGCAGAAAGGACUUGGCCAAGGCUAUGAGAACUUUGUGACAACCAUGUUGAAACCUCCAGUUCCACCAUACCAAGAAGUUACCAAUGGAAACCAAAACAAGAGGAAAGGUAACAGCUUCAACAAAUUCAACUCAAAAGGAAAAGGUUUCUUUCAAGGCAAUGGAGCUAACAGCACUUAUAACAGUGCUAGUGCAAGCUACUUUUCUCAUGCAGGUAAUAAGAACGUUGGAUCUAACUUUACGAGGAAUCAGCCUAACAACUUCAACAAACAAAAGGUUGAAGCUCAAAAUCCCAUCAUGGAGAGUGCAGUCAAAUGCCAAAUUUGUGGAAAGCUCAAUCAUACUGCUCUGAAGUGCUUCAAUAGAUUUAAUCACUCAUAUCAAGAAGAUGACAUUCCAAAGGCAUUAGCAGCCAUCACCAUUGAUGACAAUCAAGAGCUUGAAUGGCAUCCAGACACAGGUGCAUCUGUCCAUGUGACAGGAAAUUCUAGUAAGCUAAAUAGCUUAAAACAUUAUCAUGGUCGAGAUGGUGUUAUGAGAGCCAACUCUGGAAGCUGUAGCCGGCUUUACAGGCAAAAAUUUGAAGACCGUUCCUUGGCGCGCGCGGAGAAAAGACGCAAAGCUGGCUCUGGCUUUGAAGCCGGCUUGAGUGAUCUUGGGGGUGUGUUGAUUCCUUCAAGAGUGACCUGUAGAGAGGAUCUUUGGGGUUUAAAGUGUAAAGGGGUGAGAUUUGAGAGAAACCCUUCUUCUUAUAAAGGAUUGAGUGGCUCCUUUAAGCCACCAUUGUUUUUGCUAGUGGAGAGUGUGGAGGAAAUCCUUGAGUGCCUCAAGGCGUGUCUUGUUGCCAAAGGAUUUCAUCAAAUAGCCAGUGUUGAUUUCUCUGAAACAUUUUCCCCUGUGGUGGAAGCUGGGACCAUUCGUACUAUAUUAGCAAUUGCAACAUCCAAACAAUGGCAAAUCCGACAACUAGACGUGAAGAACGCUUUUUUACAUGGAUAUCUCAAUGAACCGGUGUAUAUGGAGCAACCACCUGGGUUUUUGGAUCCCAAAUUCCCAACUCAUCUUAGUCAAGAAUUUGCUAUUAAAGAUCUUGGUUGGCUCAAUUUCUUUCUCGGCAUAGAAGUUCAUUACACAAGCCUUGGUUUGAUUCUAUCUCAAUCCAAAUAUGCACUAAACAUUCUAUCCAGAGCACAAAUGAAGGGUUGCAACUCAAUCUCCACUCCUAUGGCGCUUAAAGCACAUUCCUCACAUUCUAGCAAUGAUGCAUUUCAUGAUCUAACUCAUUAUAGGAGUAUUGUUGGGACACUUCAAUACCUCACAUUUACUCGACCAGAUCUCUCAUUUGCAGUCAAUUAUGUUUGCCAGUUCAUGAACAUUCCUACAAUCGAAAAUUACCAAACCAUCAAGCGGAUAUUAAGGUAUGUAAAUGGGACUCUCAAUUAUGGCUUACAAAUUCCUAACCAAAGUUCCUUGGACUUGUAUGCCUUUCCAAAUGAUGAUUGGGCUGGGUGUUCUUUGACUCGCCAUUCCACCUCUGGUUAUUGUACCUUCUUAGGAAGCAACCGUAUUUCAUGGUGUGCAAAGAAACAACCUGCAGUGGCUCAUUCAAGUGCCGAAGCAGAGUAUCGAUCUAUGGCUUCAACAACUGCCGAAAUCACUUAGCUUGCACACCUUCUUCGUGACAUUAGAGUGGCUCUUAACAACACCCCUAUUCUUCAUUGUGACAACUUGAGUACAAUAUAUAUGACAGUCAAUCCAGUUUUUCAUAAUCGCACCAAGCAUGUUGAAAUUGAUUAUCAUUUUGUUAGAGAGAAAGUUGCUCUUGGUCACCACAUUACUCAGUUUGUCAGUUCUACCUCACAAUUAGCUGAUAUCUUUACAAAGCCAUUGACUAGAGACAACUUUCACUAACUAUGCAGCAAAUUGGGUUUUGUGUCUCUGCCACUACCCAAUUUGAGGGGGAGUAAUAAAAUCUCAACUUAUAA